UAACUGGACAGGCGCAGGAAUCUUGUGCUUUUACGGCAGUUUGACGUUUUUCUUUUUUGAGUCCAUCAUGGGACGCAACGCUGUGUGUCAACUGCUCGCUUUUGGGCUGCUUUAUUUUGUUCUCGUAGAUGUUUCUGAUUCCACAAAAGAACAACAGCGUCAGCAGGCUGUAGUGAAUUUUGACCUGCCUCAGUCGGCUCAGAGAGCGGUGUCUACGCAAACAGUAUCUGCUCAAUGCACGGAGGCGGCUGUCAUCGUGUCUAUCGACCCUGAUCUCCUGGGUAUUCAGCAUCCAGUCCAGCCGUCCGAUUUGUCCAUCGGAGGCUGUGGAGUAACCAGACAAGUUACGUCGCCCCCGGAGUUUGUGAUUGAGGCUCCAUUGCAGGGGUGUGGUAGCACCGUCACGAUGCUUGCUGAUGACAUAGUGUACAGCUUCACACUUGAAUACAACCCCUCCCAAAUUCCUGGCAUUCCUAUUAUACGAACCAACGCAGCUGCAGUGCUGAUUGAAUGCCAUUACCCCAGGCGUCACAACGUCAGCAGUAAUGCACUAGAUCCAACUUGGAUCCCUUAUACUUCCACCAAAUCUGCUGAAGAUGUGCUCGGCUUCUCUCUGGUUAUAAUGAAUAGUGACUGGAGUGCGCCAAGGUCAACUAAUCUAUUCUACUUGGGUGAUCUCAUCAACCUUCAAGCGUCUGUAGGGAAUAGCAACCAUGUGCCUCUGCGGCUGUUUGUGGACAAGUGUGUGGCUUCGCAAGCUUUGGGUUUUUCCUCCCAAAACUACACUUUUAUUGGCAACAGUGGGUGUUUAACUGACAGUAAGCUGACCGGUUCCAAUUCCCAGUUCAUAACUCCCAGAAAUACUCAGUCUACCCUUCAGUUUGAAUUAGAUGCCUUCCGCUUUUAUGGAAAUGGUGGAAGUUCUAUCUACAUUACCUGCCGUCUGAAGGUUACCUUGGCUUCUCGGAAUAUUGACUCCUUGAACAAGGCCUGCACUUUCAUUCAAAGACUGAAUCAAUGGAAGUCUGUGGAUGGGAAUGAUCAGGUGUGUAGCUGUUGUAACACCAACUGUGCUGCCAACCUCCCUGGAAGGAGGUAUUUGGAUCAGUUUAAUAUAAAGCAGAGAAGGAGUGUUAAAAUGCCUGCCGAAUGGGAUGACACCAUUGUGGUGGGCCCGCUGUUACUGAAAAGAGAACCUCCGCCAAUAGAGUCCAGAUACUUGACAAAUGCUGAAGAAACGUCCUCAGGUUCUUCCCUGCAGGCUGAAAUCUUGGGUGCAGUACUAGGUGUUCUUGCAUUAGCAUGUUGUGCCUUUCUUCUUUUUUUUGUACAGAAAACCUAAUUGAAAUUUUUGUAAA